CGGCGUACUAGCAACAGUGAAGGGUAGAAUCGAGCGAGCGAGCGAGCGUCCGGUUGGUUUGUAAACAGAGUUUUAUUUCGCGCGAGGUGCCAGUAUGGGCUCCCAACAAUUUUGUCUCAAGUGGAAAAGCCACUACAGCAACCUUCUGAGUGCCCUCGACCAGCUACUGUUCAGCGAGUCGCUCACAGAUGUCACACUUGCCUGUGAAGGAUUUAGCCUCAAGGCUCACAAGGCUGUGCUUUCAGCCUGCAGCCCCUUCUUUCAGACCUUAUUUGCAGAGAACAACUGCCAGCACCCAAUUGUCAUCCUCAAAGAUUUCAAAUUCUCUGAACUGAGAGCCAUUGUAGAUUUCAUGUACCAUGGCGAAGUGAAUGUCUCACGUGAGCAGCUUUCCUCACUGCUGAGAGCUGCGGAGGCACUUCAAGUGAAAGGCCUUACUGACCUGACCAGUGACACUCCUGAACUGGCUGAACAGUUGCCCAGUUUGACUUCCUCAGAGGUGCGAGCAAGUAAUGUAGACUCUGCAAGCGUUGCAUCACCGUCGAAAAGACCACUAAAAUCGCCACCAAGCAGCAAGAGAAAAAGAGUCAGACCUCGACAUGUCGCACCUCGAGAGCAAGAAAGUCAGGUUUCAAGCAAUGAUGAGGCAGAAGAAAACUCAAGUGACGGAGAGCUUUCACCUAAGCGCAACUCCGAGGCAGUUGCACUGCAGAGAACUACCAGGUCAAGCAAGGGUGGCAGCUCCUGCUCAGUGUUGGAAACCCUGUUGUCCACCAAAGAACUGAGUGGUAGCUGUGAGCAGAGGCAUAGGCUGCAUGCAUGUCACGAAACUACAGAAGAAGAAAAAGACUUUGAGACAUCACGGCUUCUAGAACAAGCACUGGCAAAGGGUGAUGAGUCUAGUUCAAGUGCUGUCGACAGCAAUUGCCACCAGAAGAUGUUCCCAGCAUCUUCUCAGUUGAGCUUGCUGGCUACAGCAAAAAUGCUGGAGUCUGGUUCUGGGAAACCAGAAGCGGAAGAAGAUGCUUCGGCACUGCUAGCGACACUGGCAGCGUCAGGCGAGAGCUCCAAUUCUGGCAACAGUUCUGGGCAAGGGACUCCCCAUUCCUUAUUUCCUGCAAGAGGUGGCCGCAACUCUGGCUGGACAGAGGAGCAGAUGCAGCGGGCAUUGAGUGCUGUCUUCGCGGAAGGUGUGCCUAUGACAGCUGCUGCAAGGCGCUUUGGCAUCCCCAAGACAACACUGCUUUACCGGCUUCAGAACUCUCUCACCAGGCGCUCACCUAAAACUUGAGGAAUCUUCAGAACAGCCAUUUUUCUGAAACUCCCUAUCUUUCUGUAUGUCAAACCUGUUUGCAUUCAUCUUGCUGUGAAACCGUGCUGAAUUCCAGUGAGGUAGGUGAUUUCAUAUGAGUGUGGUUGUCUAUGAUAACCUCGUUACGUGAAACCGAGAGUGUUUGCUCCACUAAGGCCUUUAUCAUCCCACGGUGAAAAAAAAAAAGAAAAAAGAAAAGAAUUCAUGAAGUAGCAAUUUACCCAUUGGGAUACAUCAGCUGCGAGAUUUUUAGAUUGUCCAUUUUAGCUCACAGUUGUCAGGCCAUUGUGCAUGUUUUAAAGAUUAGGAGUGAUCCAUAUGUGUUGAGCCCUUGAAUGUACUUGUAUGUUCUGACGUCAGGCAGGCAAUACAUAACAUGGAUGUCAUUUUGUAGGCAUAUGCAGGGUCAUUUGAUAACUUCUUUUCAGCUCGCAAAAGUUAUACAAGAGUUCUUGGUACUCUGCCCAAAGUAGGCAUGACAUCAUGCAGCAUCAUUCAGAGGGCUGUAUCUGUUGGUUGGAGGAGGCUAACAUGCAUGCAUAGUGAUGCAAGCUUUGUAAAGUAUUUUACUGUAGUUCUGUAAGAGACAGCUGAAAAAGUGGGGGUUCAGUUGAUGAUCACAAAUAGUAAAGUAAAACCUCGUUAAUACGUACCCACUUAAUAAGUAAUUCCAGUUUAAAUAUAGUCGUGAUGAAUCCCCUGCCUUGUCGCCAUUGAAGCUAGUGUAUUGGCUGACCACCGUAGUGACUUAAUGCAUACCUUACGGUUAAUGCGUAGUAUUUACUUCAUUUUUCGGCCCAUACAAUUGUGGGAUCGGUAAAAUAUCGUGCACGCAGACCAUAGAUAGCAAAAUUGUACCACAUGGACCUUUCCUGGACUGCAGUUGCCACCGAUAGUGACAUCAAAACAUGGUAGCCAUGACAUAUUUCCUGCUCCUAUAGUUUUUAGUGCUUCGAUGUUGUCUUCAUAGAUGACGACAUAGAUAAUGGCCCUUCUGUAUCCAACGUGGCCAUUGCAUUGACCAUCAUGAGGGCAUUUGCAAAGUGGGGCCUGAUUGAGAAACAGGCGUGUGGCUUUGGCGAGUUUGAGAAUGCCGCUGUUGCUGCAAGGCCGCCAUAGCGGCAAGUGAAAAUCACAGAUUUUUACUGUCUGCUCGCAAAUAAAACUUGUCUGCAUGUGUGUGUGAGUGAGAAUUAACCUGUUUCUUUGACCAAUAAGUCUAUAGCCGCUUAUCUGCCAUUAUCAAUUAAUUGGUAGAUUGCUUAGUGUGUACCUUAUCCACGUUCCCUGCUAACUACGUAUUAACAAGGUUUUACUGUACAGUUCUUUAAAUCCUAAGCUAGAAGCACACUAAAUGCAAGGAUUUAAAUUCAGUUAUGGUUCUUAGCAAACAUUGUGCCACAUCACAAAAAUUUUUCGCUGCUUUUGGCAACUGCAUCUAUUACCUAGUGAAUACCAUGCUCAAGUUACCUUGUAGCGCCCCUUGCCUCAGGCCUGGGUAGCAGGCUACAACUCGCUCCACGUGCAGCGCCCGUCAAGGAGGAGGAAGUCAGGUCUUGGUCGCGCAGCAUGUGCAGUGCGAUAUAAAAAAAUAAAAAGAGCAGUUCAAAACCCAACGCUGCCGAAGCUGGGUUUUCGUUGCAUUAUCUCGGACAGGUUUGGCGACCCGGUAAAGAACAUGCAGCUCCAACGCUCUGGCAUGGAUCCUGCCAGCUCCACUGCUCUUCCUGCCGGUGACGAUGCCCAGGAGGUCACCUGACCUGGCUGUGCUGCAGUGGCCGCGUUCCAACACAUCAACCUGCAACCAUUUUGGCCCAACAGCCCCAAAACUGGUCAAGCAAGUCGAGCAGGUCGAGGCGCACUUCCGUUUCCAGCAUAUCACCAGUGAACAGACUGAGUUCUUAAAUCUGGUGUCCUCCUUACCUCCGGAUGUCACCGAGGACUUAGCAAAUGUUAUCACCUCGGCAGGCUCAGCCCAUCCCUUUGACACGUUGACGGUGGCUAUCAUUUCCCACAAGUCAGAGUAUGAGUACAGCAGACUCCAGCAGCUCCGAGUCAUAGCUACGAAGCUCGGUGACUGUCGCCCUUCACAGCUCCUUCGAUGCAUGCGCCAGCUUCUUGGCCAAGACCUGCCUUUCGAUAGGACAAGCUGCUGCGUGAGUUGUUCCUCCAGCGCCUCCUGCAGAACAUGGUCCCAGUUCUCAUGGCUGCAGGUGAUGUGCCAUUAGACAAGCUCACUCAACUGGCUGACCGAGUUGCGGACUACUUGCGGGCCGCUAGCCUCAGUGCCGUUAUGACUCCACCUCUGGCUACUGCCUCAGCCCCUAUGCUUGCAAACAUAGAGGGCCAUCUGGACACCGUGGUCAGAUGUCUUGGAGACCUCGCGCCCUUCUCACGCCAAUCUUCGUCAACGUUCCGAUCCUACAGGCAUUCCCGGCGCCCCCACGCCCUCCAGAGUUUCAACCAUCCAACGCGUGAUGUGACAGCUCAUUUUCGGCUGUGUGCUAGUACCACUGCGUAUUCGGCACCUCUGCUCACAAGUGCACCCAUCUGUGUUCCUGGUCGGGCAAUGCUGCAACUGGCCACUGACGGCAAGGAGUGGUACUGGUCGAAGGACAUGCCCCCUAUUCUACGUUUCUGACAAGAUCAGUGGCGCUCGCUUCCUUGUCAACACAGGAGUCCAGGUCAACGUCAUACCCGCCUCUUGUACAGAUGGCCAUCGCAAAGAACAGACCUGCCCAUUCCAAGUGAUAAAAACCUCUGCCAUCCACACAUACAGCUAACGGUCUCGUACAUUUUACUGGAUUUUUGUUCUCGCUGAUGUCUCGCAAGCUGUUCUCGGCGUUGACUUCCCCAGUUUCUUCAACCUUGCGGUAGACAUACAUACUCAUCGCCUCAUUGAUCUAAGCAUGCGUCUCUCCAUCAACGGUGUACUCUGCACUGCCUCAUCGACAGGGCUUUGAGCUUUGUCACCCGCUUUGCUGUACGCAAAAAUCCUCGCUGAUUUUCCCGAUCUUACGAAGCCGCGUACCAGAGAGUCACCAGUGAACCAUUUGAUCACUCGCCACAUUGUGACCACUGGAUCCCCUGUUUUUACUCGGCCCCGCCAACUGUCUAGAGACCAUCUCGCCAUCACUCGCCAUGAAUUUGAGCACAUGCUUGAACUCAGCAUUGUGCGACCUUCCUCAAGCAACUGGGCAUUGGCACUCCACAUGGUUCCAAAGAAAGAUCCUGGUGACUGGAGACCAUGUGGGCAUUACCGCGCUCUGAACGCCCACACCUUACCAGACCGCUAUCCGCUUCCUUGCAUACAAGACUUCACAUCGAAUUUGGCUGGGUGCACGAUCUUCUUUAAAAUUGACUUUCUGAAAGCUUAUCAUCAAAUUCCUGUGGAACCUGUUGAUGUUCUGUAGACGGCCAUUACCACCCCUUUCGGCCUCUUUGAGUAUGUGGAUGCCUUUUGGAUUGCUCAAUUCUGCACACACUUUUCAGCGCACUAUCAACGAGGUCAUGCGAGGUUUCAACUUCAUGUUUGCCUACCCUGGUGAUUUCCUCAUUGCAAGCUCAUCCAGCCCUGAGCAUGAAGCUCACCUGCGCGCCCUUUUCCAACGACUUGAUGAUUACAGUCUCGUCACUAAUCCACACAAGUGCCUCUUUGGCGUCGCUACCAUCGAGUUCUUAGGCCACCUUGUCAUUCCACAAGGUAUCCGGCCUCUCGCCAGCUAAGUGAAGGCAAUUCAACACUUUCCACCCCCGACUUCACUAAAGAGACUCGGAGAAUUCCUGGGAUUACUGAACUUUCAUCACCACUUUCUUCCGAAGUGUGCCAAUUUCCUGAAGCCUCUGACCGACCUACUGGCUAUCAAAAAAGAUCUGUCUACGCCACUUGAGUGGACUGAGGAAGCUACAUCUGCCUUCGCUACUGCCAAGAAGGAGCUGGCAGACGCCACCAUGCUCAUACACCCCGUUCCUGAUGCCCCAAUUUGUCUCAUCACCGAUGCAUCGAGCGUGGCAGUCGGUACAGUUCUCGAGUAACACAUAUCUGGUUGGCAGCCUCUUGGUUUUUUCUCGCAAAAACUGAAGCCGUCUGAAGCUAAAUACAGCACAUUCGGUCGAGGACUCCUUGCGGUGUACCUUGCCAUUAAGCAUUUUCGCCACUUUCACGUCAUCACAGACCAUAAGCCCCUGACGUUUGGCUUUCAUCGGAAUCACAGCAACUAUACUGCACGGGAGAUCCGCCAACUGUACUUUAUCUCCGAGUUCACAAUGGAUCUCCGUCAUGUGCAUGGGCUGAAAAAUGCUGCCGCUGAUGGACUUUCCCGCAUCGAUGCCCUGGCGGACGAACCACCGGUAGACAUGGAGGAGCUAGCAGCCACCCAGCACCAUAACCCUGAGCUGCAUCGCCUUCAUUCCUCAUUCACAUCCCUCUCCUUCACCGAGUGCCUGCUUCCGUUUUCUUGCUCGUUGAUAACGUGUGAGACAUCCACUGGUGUUCCUCGACUCUUCGGGCAUUUGGCUUUUCGUCUGUGCAAUUUUUGAUCAACUGCACGACAUGAGCCACCCUGGAACUCGUGCGACUCAGAAGCUAGUCACAACUCGCUUCCUUUGGCCUAGCAUCAAUUCACACGUCUGUCGCAGGGCGCGAACCUGCCUGCAGUGCCAGCGUGUCAAAGUUCACCUCCAUACCGUCCCUUCUAAUUCCCAAUUUCGGCCUCCAGACGCAAGGUUUUCCCACGUCCACCUUGACAUUGUCGGCCCUCUCCUGCCAUCAUGUGGGGCCUCUUACUUGCUCACAUGUGUGGACUGCUUCACCUGAUGGCCGGAGGCGUUUCCCAUUACAGACGUUAUGGUAGAGACAGUUGCUACAGCUUUCAUGAGUGGCUGGGUGUUACGUUUCGGAUGCCCUUCUGUCGCCACCACCGACCGAGGCUGCCAGUUUCAGUCGGCCCUAUUCACUGCGCUUGCCAACAUCCUGGGCAUUCGACACAUCCAUACAACCGCCUACCAUCCUUCUGUGAAUGGCAUGGUGGAACGACUGAAGGCUGCCCUCUUAUCAGCCAAGGGAACACUGGCUAGCCACCAUCCCUUCAUCCUGCUGGGCACUGAAGCACUGAAGGCUGACGAUCAGCACUGAAGGCUGACCUAAGUUGCUCUUCGGCUGAACUUGUCUACGGCGUUACCCUGCACCUUCCUGGAGAAUUCUUCGUGCCGUCGUCGCCACCUUGUGCCCGAUGCUUCCACCUACAUCCGGGAGCUGCACACCAUGUUUUGUGACCUUGCUUCUGCAAUUCGUGUUGACCGGCACCCAGGAUACGGAUUCCUGUAGCCAUGUCUUCAUUUGGUGUGACCACGUGCGUCCCUCACCCCAGCCUACGAUGGACCAUUCUGUGUACUCCAUAGUACGCCUAAGACGUUCACGCUGAACAUUCACGGUCGCGAAGACAUCAUGUCUGCUGACCAACUCAAACCUGCCUAUGUCACCUCUCUUGCGCCCGCGAUCCCUCCACUCAACCUGUCUUUGAUUCCUUCAUCACUCCUGGCGGUCACAUCUAGGCACGUACACUGAGCGGCUCCUCUGGCUUCUGCUCUGCGGGGGGGGGUAAGCUUUGUAGCGCCCCUUGCCUCAGGCUCGGCCUGCAGGCCACAACUCGCUCUGUCAUCCUCACAUUAGCUCCGACAACCUGUUUGGGCUUCUUUAUACACCCCCUUGUUAUGCCUGAGUAAGCCGUGCAACAAUUUUUUCCCGAGAUGAUUCUUGAUCGUGAACCCCCUUUAUUGGUCCUGACAAAGUGUAUACAGAAGUUGGUUAAGCAAAAAUUCUCUGACACCUUUUUUCUUUUCUUGUAUGUGUGAUGCCAGUGCCCACUUUUUGGAGAUUGACAUCAGUUUUGAUGGAGUUGCUGGUGCAUGUCAUUAGGUGAGCCCAGCAAGAACCAAUCAGCAAGUGCUCUCCCCCUGCGAACUCACAUGCCCAUGUGCUGCCCUUUCCUCCAGCAAGAUGUCUGACCACUGGUGCCUAACCAUGCAGCACGGUAACCAAAGAAAGCUAUGCGCUUUAGAACUUCCAGCACACAGUGUGUGACAAUGCCAAAAAUUCUCAGAACUCAAAAGGCUAAAGGUUGAGAGACGUUGUGCAUAUGUGUGGUCACUAUUAACAGUAACUGAAUUGAAAUCUUUGCAUUUAGUGCACUUGAAGCAGUUUUGGUUUUUAAGGUUUGUACUGUUUGGGGCUGAUUGAAAUAAGACUCUCUUACUGACAGCUAGAAUCCACUGAAUGGUGCUAUGCUGUGUCACGGCUGGCAUGCCAAACAUUGCCAAACAAUGCCAAACAGGCAUUGGAUGGCAUGCCAAACUCUUAGUUUUUUCACCAGAAAAUAAAAGUAGGCAUGAAAGAACUGUGAACUCUUAGUUUAAGAGGGAAACAAAUGAAGCAUGCGUCUUUGCUUUGUUGAGUCUGAUGUAUUGCCAGAUGCUGCCUUGAAGUUUUGCAGCUGUGUCGAUAGAGAUAUUUAUGGGAGAAAUUUUUAUGAGGCUCUAAUUUGUCACCAAUUCAUAGUUAAAUGUUUUCAGUCACAUUGCUACAUUCAGCAUUCGUUGCAAGAUGCCACAAAUCGUACUCAUGAAGUAAGUUUAGUCAAGCACAUCUUUAUCGGACUUGAAUAUCCAGAAAUGAUCACUAGCGAAGUCUAGUAUAGUCAGCAUCAUUGUUUACCCACUUCAAACUGACAUUACCUAAAGUAUUUAAUAUGGUAGAACAUUGUUUCCAUCGCUCUUCGUUCACUGAGGGGUGUUCAGAAACCUUUUCACUUUAUUGAUUGUCUGGUGGCUGCACCUAAGCAGCCUUGAAACUUGAGCAGCGGUGUGUGGAUUGCAUUGCAAGUGUUCUAUGUAGGUAGAGAAGCACUCCUUGCUUUGUGUGGGCAUACCAAUCAACUUUUGUGGUGAGUUUGUAUGCUCAAACUUAUAAAAAAUGGGGUGAUGUUGUAAGCAUAAACAACUUGUGAGGGGAAGAAACCUGCAGAGGUGGCCUUGUGCAAAGGGCGCAUUGCACAUGAAAACUCGAAAUGGUUCUUAAAGGCCGAAAGGCUUUAUUGCUACUCAGUUCAUGGGUCCCACCCAACCAUCAAGCUGAGCAAUUUACUUUUCACAUCUCGAGGAGGUAAGGUUAAUAUGAGGUCUGGGGCUGCAUUUGUGUAACAUCCAUUUUGUUUUGCGUUCUUGCUACCAUUUGUCAUUGGGGGAGAUGCUGCCGUGGCGUCAUCAUCAUCAUUAGAAUCAGCCACUCAUUGUGACAAAUGAUGAAAGAAGGAAAAACGAAAUAGAUUGUUAUGAAAUAUGGUUCCAUAGCUGCAUUGGUGUGUGCCCUUCAGUUGGUUUUCCCUUAGCUAUAUGAAGGCAGCAAAAGUAUGCAAUAUAGACAUGGAGUUUGAAUACAACAGAACUUCACAGGAGCACAUUGAUCGGCAACCAGUGUUUCUUGAGCUGUUUGUGUUUGAUAGUCAGUGUUAAGACAAUGCCAACAUGUUGGCAACAUAAGAAUAAGUGAUCAUGCUGGUGCACACUUCUCAUGAGGUAACAGGAAAGUGUGCAUGCUGUGCUUGUGCAUUUUAAUUAAUACUGUAUCGAGAUCAGUUCCACUAGCCAGCAACAUGUUGAUGUGGGUUGGUUCAAUUGGUACCUUACAAAUAUGGCUUUUGGCAGUUGGCAAGCUGCUGUCCAUCAGAGGUGGUAUUCUUGGGUAGGCAUUUUUGAUGAUAAUUCAACUUUUGCAAGAUUGCUGGACUCAUUGAAGUAUGCGGCUGAUAGUAUUCUUGGCACCGUGCGAACUGCAACUGCAAAAAGCAUGCAUCUGCUGUUGCUGCAUUCAGAUUAGAUGAUUGUUUAAAUGGAUGCUAAAGAGGAUAAGUUGCUGCAGAAACUCUCUAGUAGGACUUGUCAGAUAAUGUGUAAGCAUUCUUUCCAGUCGCUCAUCUUGCAUGCAUAAGUCUCUUAUUAUUGCCCUUAUUAAUAUUGAUUGGGCUUAUGUAAUGAUAUUGUAGUUAAUAAUAAUUAGGCUUAAGUAAUCUUAUUUACUCUCAAUUAAACAUAAUUAUCUUUAAUAAAUUUAACGUUACUCAAUCGAAUUGCCUUACUGAAUCCUAACUACUCCUAAUUAGUAUUUAUUACGCUUAAAUAAUUUAACCUCAGUUGUAAACAACUAGGACUUGUCAGAUAGUGUGUAAGCCUUAUUUCCAGUCCUUCAUCUUGCACUCCUGCAAUGAAUAAGUGAGCGAGUGGCCGAGUUAUGCAAACCAUGGUUCACUGUGUCGAGAAUGAUGCAAUGUGCUGCAAGGAUGUCCAAUUACCGGUUAUGAUUACCUAAUUACCAAACAUAAUUAGUCAGAAUUAAUCUUAUUAGAUAAAGGUAUGUAAUAUUAAUUAAUCUGAAUUAGGGUUAGGUAAUGUAAUAUGUACUAAUCUGAAUUACUCUUAUUAAUGUUGAUUGGUCUUAAGUAAUACAAUCAUAAUUAAUCUUAAUUAGGUUUAAUCAUUAUUAAAUAUUCUUUCAUCUUGCUUAGGUUUAAAUAAAUUAACCUUAAUUACUCUUGGUUAGGCUAAUUAUAACCUACAUUAUUUUAAUUACCCUUGCUAUUCCUAAUUACCCUACAUUUUCAUUGCACUUGUCAUUUCAUCAUAAUUAAUCUUCAUUAUGUUUUCUUAUGGUUCAUUAGUUUUAAGGAGUCUUAUUUAGGCUUAAUUUCAUUGUAAUUAAUCUUAUUAGCCUUUUAUUAACCUCAGUUACUCUUAAGACUUCUUCAGUACUCACUAUAUAUAGCCAUAUUCGUAAAUCUCUGUAGUCACAUAUAGUAGUCGUAAUGCAUUCUCAUGUAUAUUCCAUAGGACUCCAUGUAUACCUAUGGAGCGCAUCAUGUCGCGUAUUUUGGACGAAUGGACGGACAGAUUUCUAGGGGAAGUAGGCUUAGAAUGCUUACGCAUUAAAUGAAAGUUCAGCUAUGUUAGUAAAUAACCCCAACUAUAGAAAAAAAGGCCACUAUUGUCACGAGAGAACGCAUGGUAAGUCAGAAAAGAUGCAAAAAUGAGACUACUGGUGAUUCCACAUCGUAGUUCCCGCACCAGCUCGCUGUAACAUCAUGAAUUCCGAUGGCAUCUACUCAGGUCCAGUCAACUAUUUGUAAAGAAACCAAGGACUGAACUUGGCAAGUUUCGAGAACUUUUACUGCUCCACAAUGACCAAAAUACGAGAAAGUGCUUUGAAAUCCAUGACAUCACACUGAUGCACCGACACUGAAGUUCCAUCAUGAAAAUUAAAAAGUGGAAGUUUGGCCUACAUUUUAUGUUCUAGUAAUCAACCUUCUACCACAAAUUUAAUGAAGAUAGAGUUGUGAAAGAAUAGUUUGACCGUCUAAACUGAUUUUGUUGUUUCUCUUUAGUGUUCCUUUAAAUUGCAGGGAAGCCUCUUGGUGUUCUGCAGGAGUUCCCAGAAAUUCUUACUGUGGCACUACAGUUCUCUCGUUGUUUUCCGCAAGUACUGUGAGGUUCUUCCCAAGAGCAUAUGUAACUAUUUGAAUGUAUCAGAAGUUGGAAGCUCAUGAUUGUGGUUUGCAGUACUUUAGUUCAGAGAAUCAUAAAGUCCCUUGGGUUUAGUGAUUAUAUUUCAACAGGAAGCGAAUAAAGAGCGCAGCAUGUUACUAAAUAUUCCAGCGUAAACCCAGGUGACUAUUAUCUUGCUAAAUUUUUGCUAAGUCACACGCUGACAUUGGUGAAAAAUGUGGAAAUAUGUACAGGUAUGUUAAUUUUUAUAUCUAAUAGCACUCUGAUGAAUAUUAGGGAAGGUCAGUGUGAGUGCUUCUAGUGGGACGCAGCUACAUGGCUAUUUUGCUGCCAGCAAUGAAGAAGAGAGGUUUAUCACUUAGGAUGGCAGUUGUCAUUACAGAGAUGAGCUUGUGCAUGAAGGAAUUGAGAGAUAAUGGUGUAUAUAAACAAUGUUGGUACAUGAUGAAAUGUCUGUUUUCUGACUGCAGAACUUGAUUUUAAUCUUUUUGUUGUCAUGCACAGAGCUUUCUUUUUGAAUGUUAUCACCAUUAGAGCUCUUUCAUUUGUAAUGGUAUAUUUUUGUUUACUGCGUCACCUGUUUAUAUUUUGUGCUGUAAGUGGUUGUCAUCAGUGUGGUGCCUUUCAGUUUCCUAUCCUAGUCUAUUGAGACUCACAGGCAGAGUUCAGCAUUGCGUGAUGAUCCCAUAUAUUGGUCUCCUAUGUAAAGCACACUCUGCACAUAAGAGUGCUCUAUGGCAGCGCUGUGUUUACUCAGCCACUGUGGCACCAGCUAUACUUCAGUAAAAUUUGGGCUGGCAUUGCUAGUUCAUGCUUGUGCAAACUACAUAAAUUAAAAGAGUCAUUCUUGCCAGAUUGUUCUUAUCAAUCGAUUCUGUGGUCAAGCUGGUGACUUCAGUACAGCAAGCUGUCUUGUGUGUCUGGUACAAGUCUGUACUGCUUGUUUCUCUGCAGCGCCAACUACUAAAUCAACACGGUCAUUUGAGUGGAUUGGUAAUUGAAUAUCUCUUGAGACAAGCUGCACAAAUCAAACAGCACUUGCAUUGUUUGCUUGCUUUGUCCCUUGAUUGCUUCACAGUGUUCAUUUGCAAAGAAGCAACUGCUAUUUACCUUAGCUCUCUCCACUGGCCCUUGUCCUAGAUAGAAAAAAAAAGACAACAGUAAACCCUUGCUAUAAUGUGCUGAUUAAAGAAAACAAAGAAAGAUAUAGUCAUGUUGUGAGUCGCUGGCAGAUCACAUUGAGCAUUUCUGCAUAGCAGCAGUCAAGGACGCAGGCAUUUUUUGUAUUGGGGUGUAUUGUGUGUAUGAAAAACUAACACAGGCAAAAAAUAAUCUGUCUCUGUCUAAUUGCAGUUUUUAUGAACUAGUGGCCUGUGGUAGCAGUACUAGUCCAGCAUUUCUUGCAUGCUUAUAGGACCUGCCUUUCUAUGUGAACAAGUUUAAAAGGUGUCGCACUUCCUGUUGCUUUGUAUUUGCUCAAAUUUUGCUACAAGAUUGUAUGCGUUGGUACAUGUUGUUCAGUAUACAGCAGAUGUCUUUGAUGAGAGGAAAAUUUGUCAUCCACCAGAAUGUAGCGUGAAGCUACAAUGUAUGGAUGUCUUUUGAUUGACUGGAUGAUCUGGAAAAAGUGGAAAACCAUUGCUGCAUGUUCACCUCAGCAUCUACAAGAUUAGCUGCUGUUGAGGUGUGCUCUGGUUUGGCUGCCUGUGGAGAACUAAAUAUUCUGAUAAACCAGGGAAACAAUUCCAAGUGUUCAAUUGUGUGGUAAAGCCCAAAAAUGCAACCUAGCUGUGAAAUGCCAGUACACAGUGGCAGGUUAUUUUAAAGUUCUUAGAAUAAAAAUACAGGCCAUUAUACCACCACAUGGCAGUGCAAGGAAGAGGGGCUUCUUGCAUUGAAGGUGCUGAGUGUAAAGGCAUGUACUGUGGUGCGCUGCUAAACCUUGCACUGGGGAGGGGAACAUGCAGUGAAUGCCACUGUGUAUUUUGGGUGGUGUUGCAGGUGCAUGUGCUCUUUUGACAUUAUAGAAAUUGCCGUUUGUAGCUCAUACAUACCAUAAUCCUGUAGUUCUGGUCUGUCAUGAUCACGGAAAACGAUCGCAGUUGGAUGGAGGUUUCUGUUAAAUGUUCAAGUCAGCAAAUAUUUUAUCUGAAUUACUUGUUUAGUGAAGCAUUCUGCGAUUUCAGAGCUAUUUUGCAAUUCUAUUAAGAUUUUAUGUACAUAAUUAUGCUCUGCUGUGGUGAUGAAUGUGAGUAUCGGUGUGUGUUUUCCAGUUAUAUUUACAUGUGCCAAAAGACCGAGGUUGAGGUAGGACAUGCUUUGAGCAGUACUGUAUAGAAUAUUACAUAAGAGUAACUAGGCUUUAAAUUCGUGUGUCAUUCUGCGAAACCAAGUUCAUGGGAAAUCGGUGCACAUAACUAAAUAUAUUAUGUGUGAAUGUUCUGUGUAUGUGUAUGUUUAAAUGGUUUACAUGUCCUUAUUAACAGCUUUACAUCUUCACCUUACGUAGGACUAAUUUUUAGCGUGGACAUAUAAAGUGAAAAAGGAACAGUCCAGUAAGUCAUUUCUGGGAUCAACUUCACAGUGCAUCUUCUUCAGUUAGUGUGCAUGUGAGAAUUGAUACAUGAUGCAUCUACACUGUGAGCAUCGGAGUACAGCUCGUGUUUGCUUGGUCUGCAGAUUUGCACUCAAGGUUGGGUUCGCUGUGUACGCUUCACACUUUUUCAACACAUAAUGACAAUUGUGUAUUCUCGAGACAUGCUCUUGACUACUGAAACACUUUCGGGCAAGUCACUUUCACGGUGUGCCAAUUGGCUUAUUCCAUGUGGAAGCAUUCAAGAGAGAACUGUGCAGCAGCACAUUUAUUGUCUGUGUUACUUUCAUUUUGCAUGAUUGUGCAGUCGGCGAAUGUGCAUGGCUACAGCGAGGGAUUGUACAGGAUGCUAGUUCAUGUGCAAGAGAAAAAAUUCGAAGGAGUGACCAUUCUUGAACAUGACCCAAAUAGUGGCAGCAUGGGCUCUAUUUAUGCAGAGGAAAAUGGCAUCUGUUGCAGCAUGUACAAUACUAAAGCACACUAUCAUAUUUACUGUUUGCCUGUCACUGCUAUUCUACGUCCAGAUAACUGAUUUAUAGAUUUGCCACAAAGCUUAAAAGAGAGAUAAUGUAAAUUGUUAGUCAUUUGUUGUUUUUGUUUACCCAUUUAUUUUAUGCAGAAGUUUCUUUUUUCUUUCCCAAGUUUUUGUUGCAAGCGUUGACUACAUAUUCUCUUUAUCUUUAUGUCAUGCCUGAUGUUUCCUGAGCAGUGCAAAUUGCCAACCAGCAUCUGUGAGAAUGGCAGAACCAUAUGUAAUUUUCCUGCAGCUUGCAUAUUCAGCACAGAUUUAAAUAACUUCAGUGCAUAACAGCAACAAACAUUACUUUGCCACUUAUAGCAGUUAUCUAGUCACCAAAGCAGUCACCUUGUUGCCCUUUAGCUUGGUUGUUCAUUUAUUUGUUGCUGUAGCAGCAGGUGCUACUUUGAAGCUAGUGGAAUGAGUUUUGUACUUGUCAUUUCAUAUAAGAACAUUCUUCUUUGCCUAAGUCUAUGCCAAAGUUGUCACAAACCAUGCUUGAAGUUGUCUUUUGUACACUUGUGAAUAAUUUUAUUUGGGGCUGAUAUUUUGCGUACUUAAUUUAUAAUAAACAGUGCUCAUCCAGCCAUAUUACAAAAUGAUUUUUCUGAGGGAACCUAGUAAAAAUUAAUUGUUUAUUUACAAGCAGUAUUUUACAAGUCGGGCUGUGAAUUUAGUCCUGCUAGUACUGUACCCGAAAUACAUUAACUAGUCAUGUUUUUGUUACAGGAACCCGAAAUCUACUCAUGCUUUUUGUUAUUGUACAGAAAUAGCGUUUUUGAAUGAUAGCAUUAUGUAUGUCAUCUUUCAUUACAGUCUGGUUAGGCUGCACUUGACCUCACAAAGCCUAACGUAUCAUUUUUUGACACAUGUAGCUUUUCUGACACACUGGAGUGAAGUUUCAGUUAUGGAUAGCUUAGCAAACCUAUUACUAAUAAGUUAAUUAUUCGACUAAAUAUUUUUAACUCAGUGUACCAGACAUGUUAUUGUUUGGUACAAUUGUACAAAGGUACUGCAAAAUUAAAGGCGAUCAACUUAUUCUGAUUUUCCUUCAUGUGGAAUGGGCGUUUGGGCUUUGUGGGGUUAAUAUAUAUGUACUGGAAUAGGGUACUGCACAUUGUUUUGCUGUACGCCAGCAAUGCAGAUAUGUCAGCUGGUCAUAAUGUAUUGGGUAAAGUCGCCACCUCAUUAUUCUGCAAGUUGAUGCUCGCUGUGCUCACCCAAAAUGUGCUUCAGAGACUUAUUUAGCGGCAGAGAUUUGUUGAUUGAAUAAUUGUGUAUGUCUUUUGCAAUAUUGACGACCAUUUCAUACUUGUGUCAUAAAUAAACUACUAGUACUUUAUUUGCUACUUUGAA